AAAAAUAAAAGGCACAAAAACAAACCCUAAAUCAAUGGAUUUCACAUUUCUUCUCGAGCCUUCUCACCGCUUCUUCGACAUUCAGCGAACACUCCAAGCCUUCUCACGCCACUGUUGAUCGACGAUUGGUUGCUCAACUUGCUCUUCGACAGUCGCGAACAGAGAGUCUCAAAUUGCGAACACAUCAAGCCUUCUCAAAUUCAACAGGGUAGAAUGGGCCGGAAAGCUGGUGGUGUUUAUAUAGACCCCAAAAAAUUUGGAAGUCUCGCGAAACCUUGCAUGAAAGAAACAAUAGCGUUUCUUAAUUGUUUAGCUCUUAACCACAACAAUGAUGAUAAAUGUGCUCGGCAGAAGGAACUUUUGAGUGCCUGUGUGGAUGCUCAGGCUAGCAAACCCAAAAAACCUUGGGGAAGCAUCAACUAUCACUUGCAGAGGCUUAGCAAGGGAAGGAAAUAAUUUCUGUCAGAAUGGAUUUUGUUUGACGGACGUCAUUUUGCAAUUUCAUUUGUGUCUAGCAAAGUUCAGACAUGUUUUCAAAUGGAUUAAUGAAUUUAUGGAGCUUUGUACCUGUAGCACUCAGAAAAUUCACAAUAAUAACAUAUUGAAUGAGGUUUUUUUGAAUUA